AUGAACAAGGUCUUCCCCCAGGGAGAUGGCACUGGCAACGCUGCUGCUGGGACCAAAACACUCUCUAGAGGGGAAGCAGACUGCAGCCCCCUCUGCUGCUCACGCCGGGGGGCCUGCCUCUCGGCCUCUCUGCUGCUCCUGCUGGCGACUCUCGCUGCCCUCGUCGCGCUGGCCAUCGUCCUCGGACUCCCGCCACGCACGCCAGGGGCCCAGGCCUGUGUGACACGGACAAAUAGGACGGGCUUCCUGUGCCACGACCGGAGGAGCUGCAUCCCGGCCAGUGGGGUCUGUGAUGGCGUCCGCACCUGUACCCACGGCGAGGACGAGGAUGAGGCCUUGUGCCGAGACGCACCCCGCAGCCUCCCAGGCUUCCUUGUGGCCCGCUGCGGGGACCCAGCCUCCUGGAUCUACUCAGACCAGAAGUGUGACGGGACCAACCACUGUGGCGACUGCUCGGACGAGCUGAGCCCAGUGAGUGCGUGCCCGCCCUGCGGCCCUGGCUGGUGGCGCUGCCCGCCCACCGUCUUCAAGUACUGCAGCUGUAUCCCGAGGAGCCUGUGCCGGGACCACGUGCAGCACUGCUCCGACUGGUCGGACGAGUACUCCUGUCCAGGCCUCUAG